UCCUCUAUCCUCUUCUCCCCUAAAUAACCCCGCCGUACCGCUCUGCCAUGGCCGCCGCCACACUCCGCUCCGCCCUCCUCUCCUCCUGCGCCCUCCGCCGGCUCGCCUCCGCCUCCGCGCCGCGCGCCCCCCGCCUCGCCCAGCCCAAGGUGCAGGGGUUCGCCCGGGCUCGCCGGUCCUACCCGGCGGCGUUCGCCACCUCCGCCAUGUCGACGUCGUUGGGGGCCAAGGAGGCGCCGGCCAACAACCCGGGCCUGCAGGCCGAGGUCGACCCCGCCACCAAGGGCUACUUCAUGCAGCAGACAGCUCAGGAAAUUCUUAGUGUUAAUGCACCAGGCCAUGAAACUUCAUUUGUUCUGCAAUUGGUCGAACAGUCGGUGGACCAGCUUGUUACUAGCAGUAUUUCAGGUUGUCCCAGUCGGUUGCUGUUGCCAUAA